GGGCUGCUGGUGCGAGACGGUCCUUUCACUUCCCGGCUCUGGCAGCCAGCAGAAGCUCCGAUCCCCCGCUUGGUCCUCCGGCGGGAGGAAGAAGGGAGAACCCGAGCGAAAGGACUAGGCAGCGGGACUCCCGCGGGCAGGGCCAGGUCUUUGACGCCGGCCCCCCGACCCGUGUGGCAGCGGGCGAGGAGGAAAGGGGCGGAAGCCCAUUUCCAUAGUAACCUGCCGAAGCGGUGCCCGCCCGGGGUUUCUCCCCACUCCUCCAGGAUGCAUCUAACAGAUUUACAGACAGGAUGUAACCUUUAAAAAUGGAAACGUGUAUAGAAAGAAGCAGAUAGCAGCUUGGAGCUAAAGAAGUGGAUGAACAUCUUUGGAUAUAUUAGCUUUUAAGAACAAUAUGUUGAUUCGGAAGAUCUCGAGAGAAUAUCAUCCAUUCAUUUGGUCUUCUUGUUCAAUAGAUUUUUAAAUCAUUUUUUGGAAUUGGUGAAAUUUUGCAAAGGUGUACAAUGGAAGUAACUGUGUGUGUCUGCAUCUGUUGCUCUCCUUACAUUGUGGAUUAGUUUGCUGAUGUGAGCAACCGAUUCCAUUUUGAAGGACAAGAAACGGAUGUGAUGGAUUUAUCUUCAGAAAUGAGCAGGCAUGGAAGGAAUCCUCUCAGUCACAAGCUAGAAGAUCAGAAGAAGAUUUAUACUGACUGGGCUAAUCACUAUCUAGCAAAAUCUGGCCACAAGCGGCUGAUCAAAGAUUUGCAACAGGACAUUGCAGAUGGAGUUCUGCUAGCAGAAAUCAUCCAGAUCAUUGCAAAUGAAAAGGUGGAAGAUAUCAAUGGCUGUCCCCGAAGCCACUCUCAAAUGAUUGAGAAUGUUGAUGUCUGUCUUAGCUUUCUGGCAGCCAGAGGAGUAAAUGUCCAAGGUCUUUCUGCUGAAGAGAUAAGGAAUGGGAAUUUGAAAGCCAUUUUAGGGCUGUUUUUCAGUUUGUCUCGUUAUAAACAGCAGCAACAUCAACAACAACAGUACUACCAGUCCUUGGUUGAGCUACAGCAGCACGUCUCUCAUUCUCCCCCUCCCGCUGAAAUUGGCCAGCCCAAAAUCCAACAAGAUAUGCUGUCCAGUCUGACAGCCAGAUAUGCAACUCAGUCUAAUCACAGUGGAAUUGCAACCAGUCAAAAAAAGCCUUCUAGGCUUCCCGGGCCCUCAAGGGUGCCAGCUGCAGGCAGCAGUACCAAAGUCCAGGGAGCAUCAAAUUUAAAUCGAAGAAGUCAGAGCUUUAAUAGCAUUGACAAAAACAAGCCUCCACAAUAUGCAAAUGAAAAUGAAAAAGAAUCACCCAAAGGCCCUCAUCCAUCUGCAGGCAUGAAUGGAAAUGUACAGCAUCCCACCAGCACUGGGCAGCAGCCGGUCUCUGCCAUCCCCUCUCCAAGUGCCAGCAAGCCUUGGCGCAGCAAAUCCAUGAAUGUCAAGCACAGUGCCACCUCUACCAUGCUGUCUGUCAAGCAGCCCAGCCCUGCAACCUCUCCUACCCCACCUUCAGAUAAAUUCAAACCACCCUUUUCCGAAGGACCAAAAACACCUUCCUCUGGGCAGAAAUCCAUGCUGGAGAAAUUCAAAUUGGUUAAUGCUAGGACUGUUUUGCGGCCCACCUUGUCAUCAUCAAAUUCAGGUCCUAAUGAUAGUGGGAAGGACGAAGAAGCUGUUACAGAGUGUGUUGAAAUGGAUGGCUUCUGUGGUGGGCUCAACAGUGGCAGUUCCACCAGCAACAGUCCUAAGAUAUCGCUGAAACUGACUCCUCCAAAAGCUGGAAGCAAAAAUCUCAGCAAUAAAAAGUCUUUGCUACUGCCAAAGGACAAAGAGGAAAAGAGCAGGGACAAAAAUAAAGUUUGCACUGAGAAGGCGGUAAAGGAAGACAAGGACCAGGCCACAGAGACACCUGCAAAAAAGACCUCAAAAAUUGCAAGCCUGAUCCCAAAGGGAAGCAAAACUACAUCCACCAAAAAGGAAAGCUUGAUACCUUCCUCUAGUGGAAUACCAAAACCUGGAUCAAAAGUAUUGACAUCUAAGCAAAGUCCAUCACUGGCAAGUUCGGGAAGUAAAGAGACUGAAAAACUAAGGAGUGCAAAGGGAAACCAACCCCAGUCAACAGCAAAAUCUCAAGGUAAUGAUAAAGCAUUCACUACUUGUAGUCUCCCAUCUUCAGAAGGAAAGGAACCCAGUAUGGCUGUUACCCCUAGUUCAUCUACUGCUCUUUCAAUGGCUGCAACUAGUGGACAAGCAACAGGAAACAGUAUUGUUCAACUUCCACAGCAACAGCAACACAACCACCCAAACACGGCCACAGUAGCACCAUUUAUUUAUAGAACUCAUUCAGAAAAUGACAGUACUUCUCUCUCACCUGCUGACUCCUGUACCAGUCCUACAAAAAUGGAUCUGUCAUAUAAUAAGACUGCCAAACAGUGCCUGGAGGAAAUAUCUGGAGAAGAUCCAGAAACAAGAAGAAUGAGAACAGUAAAGAAUAUAGCAGACCUGAGACAGAACUUGGAAGAAACAAUGUCCAGUCUUAGAGGAACUCAAAUAAGCCACAGCACAUUGGAGACAACAUUUGACAGCACUGUGACAACUGAAGUGAAUGGGAGAAGCAUUCCAGCCUUGACAAGCCGAUCCUCUCCAGUAACCUGGAGACUUGGGCAAGCUAGUCCUCGUCUCCAGGCAGGUGAUGCUCCUUCCCUGGGUGGAGGUUACCCUCGCAGUGGUGCUAGUCGCUUCAUACAUACUGACCCAUCUCGAUUUAUGUAUACCACACCUCUUCGCCGUGCAGCUGUUUCUCGCCUUGGGAAUAUAUCCCAGAUGGACAUGAUUGAGAAAGGAAACAGUGAACUGGACAUUUCCUCUGAUGUUGAUGUUGGAGGGUACAUGAGUGAUGGAGACAUUCUGGGGAAGAGCCUCCGAACUGAUGACAUUAACAGUGGCUACAUGACAGAUGGAGGGCUUAACCUGUAUACAAGAAGCUUGAAUCGAAUACCAGAUGUAGCUGCCUCCCGAGACGUCAUUCAAAGAGGAGUGCAUGAUGUCACUGUGGAUGCAGACAGUUGGGAUGACAGCAGUUCUGUUAGCAGUGGUCUCAGUGAUACCUUGGAUAAUAUCAGCACAGAUGAUCUCAACACCACUUCUUCAGUCAGCUCCUACUCUAAUAUUACUGCCUCUUCAAGAAAGAAUACACAAGCUCAGCUGAAGACGGAUUCAGAGAAACGUUCGGUAACAGAUGGAGAACCAUGGGGCAGCAGUGAAGAACUGAAAAAGCCAGAGGAAGAUUUUGAUAGUAAUCUUGACUGUGGGAGCAAGUGGAAAACCCAUCCCUCUGGCCUCCUUGAAGAUGCUGAGAAAGGAGGGCAGAAAACUGCUUUGUCUGUCUCUCAGACGGGUUCUUGGAGAAGAGGCAUGACUGCACAAGUAGGGGCAGCAUCUUCAAGGCACAAAGCUGCAACGGGCACGCUCAAGACACCUGGAAAAACAGAUGAUGCAAAAGCUUCAGAAAAAGUCAAAACUCCCCUCAAAGGAGCCUCUCUGCAGCGUUCUCCUUCCGAUGCAGGGAAAAGCAGUGGCGAUGAAGGGAAGAAGCCUCCAUCAGGCAUUGGCAGAUCAACAGCAGCCAGUUCCUUUGGUUUCAAGAAAACGGGGGUUGGGUCUUCAACUAUCAUUACUGCAAGUGGGGCAACUAUAACUAGCGGGUCGGCAACCCUGGGAAAGAUGCCCAAGUCUGCAGCUAUCACUGGAAAGUCAAAUGCAGGGAGAAAAACCAGCCUAGAUGGUUCUCAGAAUCAGGAUGAUGGUGUCUUGCACGUGAGCUCAAAGACCACCCUGCAGUAUCGAAGUUUGCCCCGUCCUUCCAAAUCAAGCACAAGUGGGAUUCCUGGCAGGGGUGGACACAGGUCUAGUACCAGUAGCAUUGACUCCAACGUCAGCAGCAAAUCCACAGGUGCUGCAACCCCCAAUAAACUGCGGGAGCCCACAAAGAUUGGCUCAGGCCGCUCCAGUCCUGUGACCAUCAAUCAGACUGACAAGGAGAAGGAAAAAGUGGCCGUGUCUGAUUCUGAGAGUGUAUCAUUGUCCAGCUCUCCAAAAUCAAGCCCAACUUCAGCAAGUGCCUGUGGCACUCCAGGCCUCAGGCAGCCGGGUUCAAAAUACCCAGACAUUGCCUCGCCCACAUUUCGAAGGUUGUUUGGUGCCAAAGCGAGUAGCAAGGCUGCCCCUGCCCCAAACACUGAAGGUGGGAAACCCACAGCUGCAGUGCCCAGCCCCAGCACCUCAUUGGCCCGGCAAGGCAGUCUGGAAUCUCCCUCCUCGGGUACUGGUAGCAUGGGCAGUGCAGGUGGGCAGAGUGGCAGCAGCAGCCCCCUCUUCAGCAAACCCUCAGACUCAAAUGCAGACAUUGUCAGUUUAAGUCACUCCUUGGCUUCUAGUCCAGCAUCUGCACAUUCAUUCACCUCAGGUGGCAUCGUCUGGGCUGCAAACUUGAGUAGUUCCUCUGCCGGCAGUAAGGACACGCCCAGUUAUCAGUCAAUGACCAGCCUUCACACAAGCUCUGAAUCCAUUGAUCUCCCUCUCAGCCAUCAUGGAUCCCUAUCUGGAUUGACUACAAGCACUCAAGAAGUUCAGACCCUGCUAAUGAGGACUGGAAGCGUGAGAUCUACUCUUUCAGAAAGCAUGCAGCUUGACAGAAAUACACUACCAAAAAAGGGAUUAAGGUAUACCCCAUCCUCUCGACAAGCCAGUCAGGAGGAAGGGAAAGAGUGGUUACGAUCCCAUUCCACUGGAGGACUACAAGACACUGGAAACCAGUCUCCUCUGGUGUCUCCUUCAGCCAUGUCUUCAUCUGCCACUGGAAAAUACUUUUCAAACUUAGUGAGUCCAACCAAUUUAUCUCAAUUUAAACUUCCUGGGCCCGCUAUGAUGAGGUCAAAUAGCAUUCCUGCUCAAGAUUCUUCUUUCGAUCUCUAUGAUGAUUCCCAGAUGUGUGGUAGUGCCACAUCCUUAGAAGACAGACCACGUGCAAUUAGUCAUUCUGGUUCCUUUAGAGAUAGCAUGGAAGAAGUACAUGGAUCUUCAUUAUCACUCGUUUCCAGCACUUCUUCUCUCUACUCCACUGCUGAAGAAAAAGCACAUUCAGAGCAAAUUCAUAAACUCCGAAGAGAGCUGGUUGCGUCACAGGAAAAAGUUGCCACCCUUACAUCACAGCUUUCAGCAAAUGCCCAUCUAGUAGCAGCUUUUGAAAAGAGCUUAGGAAAUAUGACAGGACGGUUGCAAAGCCUAACAAUGACAGCUGAACAAAAGGAAUCAGAGCUCAUAGAACUGCGAGAAACUAUUGAAAUGCUGAAAGCUCAGAACUCUGCUGCACAAGCUGCUAUUCAAGGAGCUUUGAAUGGCCCUGACCAUGCUCAUAAAGAUUUACGAAUAAGACGACAACAUUCUUCUGAAAGUGUUUCCAGUAUCAAUAGUGGCACCAGCCAUUCAAGCAUGGGCAGCGGUAAUGAUGCUGAGUCCAAGAAGAAGAAAAAGAAAAACUGGGUGAACUCUAGAGGAAGUGAGCUGAGAAGCUCGUUCAAACAGGCGUUUGGAAAGAAGAAGUCCACAAAGCCUCCGUCCUCCCAUUCUGAUAUAGAAGAAGUCACAGAUUCAUCUCUUCCAUCCUCACCUAAGUUGCCCCACAGCUCUGGAGAUUGUGGGUCUACAUCAAUAAAGCCAUCCCAAUCAACAUCCGCGAUCUGUGAAUGCACAGAGGCAGAGGCUGAAAUAAUUCUGCAGCUGAAAAAUGAGCUUAGGGAAAAAGAACUCAAGUUAACAGAUAUACGUCUGGAGGCUCUCAGCUCAGCACACCAUCUUGACCAGAUUCGAGAAGCCAUGAACCGCAUGCAGAAUGAAAUUGAAAUACUGAAAGCUGAAAAUGAUCGUUUGAAAGCAGAGACUGGAAACAGUGGAAAGCCCACUCGGCCAUGCUCGGAGUCGUCAAGUAGCACAUCUUCAUCCUCUUCUCGUCAGUCUUUGGGGCUCUCUUUUAAUAACUUGAAUAUCACGGAUUCAGUUGCAUCAGAUAUUUUACUGGAGGAUGUAACAGAUGGUACUCUCCAUAAAGAAGGCCAGAAUGUUAAAAUUAUGGUCACAAUAAACAAGGGCUAUGGUCGAUCUAAGGACCAAAAAACGCAAGCAUAUUUGGUAGGAUCUAUUGGAGUCAGUGGCAAAACAAAAUGGGAUGUACUGGAUGGUGUAAUUAGACGUCUUUUUAAGGAAUAUAUUUUCCGAAUAGAUCCAGCUACUAGCCUUGGUUUAGGCUCCGACUGUAUUGCUAGCUACUGUAUAGGUGAUAUGAUUAGAUCCCAUAGCCAAAAAGUGCCUGAAUUGCUGCCUUGUGGGUAUCUGGUUGGGGAUAAUAAUGUAAUCACUGUGAACCUUAAAGGAGUAGAAGAAAACAGUUUGGAUAACUUUGUGUUUGAUACCUUAAUUCCUAAGCCAAUUAGUCAACGGUACUUUAAUUUACUGAUGGAACAUCAGAGAAUUAUCCUGUCAGGACCUAGUGGCACUGGGAAGACCUAUUUAGCCAACAGACUUGCAGAAUAUAUGAUAACUAAAUCUGGCAGGAAAAAAACAGAAGACUCAAUUGCUACUUUUAAUGUAGAUCAUAAAUCCAGCAAGGAUUUACAACAGUACCUUGCUAAUCUGGCUGAACAGUGCAGUGCUGAUAACAGUAGUAUGGAUCUUCCUAUAGUAAUAAUUCUUGACAACCUCCAUCAUGUUGGUUCUUUGAGUGACAUCUUCAAUGGUUUCCUUAACUGCAAAUACAACAGAUGUCCAUAUAUCAUUGGAACCAUGAACCAGGGAAUUUCAUCUUCACCUAACCUGGAGUUACAUCAAAAUUUCAGGUGGGUGUUGUGUGCCAAUCACACAGAACCUAUUAAAGGGUUCUUGUCCAGGUAUUUGAGAAGGAAACUGAUUGAGACAGAAAUAGAGAGGAAUGUCCGUAAUAAUGACCUCAUCAGAAUUAUUGAUUGGAUUCCCAAAAUGUGGCAUCAUCUCAACAGCUUUUUAGAAAUGCACAGUUCUUCUGAUGUAACCAUUGGUCCACGCCUUUUUUUGCCCUGCCCCAUGGAUGUGGACAGUUCCAGAAUGUGGUUCACAGAUCUCUGGAAUUAUUCCUUAGUACCAUAUAUUAUGGAAGCUGUGAGAGAAGGCCUUCAGAUGUAUGGAAAACGAGCUCCUUGGGAGGAUCCCUCCAAAUGGAUUGCAGAAACCUGCCCCUGGAGCUCCCUGCAGCAGGAUUUGUCAUCCUUACUUCAGAUAAGACCUGAAGAUGUUGGAUAUGAAGGUUAUGCAUCUGCCAAAGAAGGAACCACUUCAAAGCACAUUCCACAGACAGAGUCAGAAGGAGAUCCCUUGAUGAAUAUGCUCAUGAGACUCAAAGAAGCAGCCAGCUACUCAAGCGUACAGAGCUGCGACAGUGAUACUGCCAGUCACCACGACGACAUUCUGGACCCCUCGCUUGAAUCAACUCUCUAGAGGGGGCUGGGCCUGGUUAGAGGAUGCUGGUAAAGCCUAUUGCCACAAAACACCGCCAGUAUUGAAGCAGCAAAUAAGGGGGGCUUGAGUGAUGGCGGGGGGGCGGGGCAGGGUAUGUUGUGCUGUAUUUAGGCAGGUGACUUAACUCUGGAAAGUCAGGAAAACAAAUCAAAAUGGAAAGCUUGAACUAGUUUCAUUUCAAGAUGUUUCACUAUCAGUGGAGCUGAAUGAGAGUCCAUCAAUCAACUGGAAAGUGCCGGGAGAGGGCAGCUAAGCAGAUUGCACAUAUGUUAGCCAAACUGGAAUCACUUUGGGUUGUUCUUUUUUUCUUCUUGUCUCAGAUUUUACAGUGCAAGUCUUUUAUUUUGCAUUUCAAUUUACUCCAAGGUGCUGCAUUCGUGGUCUUCUUGAUCCUCCUUUUGUCACCUCUAUAGUGCCCCCGUGGCUCUGAUUACAAGGCUCCCAGUAGUGUUUGAAUUGUACACUGCUGCCCAUUCCAAAAUGAGUUGGAUUAAAAGUGAGAGUAAACUCAGUAAGCACAAACAGUAUUGUGCAAUUGCCAGGAAAAACAUUACUGUGAUAUGCUGGAUAAGUGCCAAGUUGAUACUGACCUGUCAUGUCUGCAGUGAUGUGGUCCACCAAGGUUUCUGGGGUUUUUUUGUGUGUGUACAGAUCAUCUGUUUUAUAUAAACAAGUUGUUUUUAACCGCAAGGGUAUUUUUAAACACCUGUCCGCCUCUUAACAAGGGUUUUCUUUUUUACCAAUUCUUAUCGAACGCUGACAAAAGGCUUUCUUAGGGCUUCUUUUAUUUUGAGCCUUUUUAGUGGCAUAAAAAGAACAUUUCCUAUGGUGCUGUCUCACUGCCUUAAAAACCAGUUUCUAGAACAAUUUUACUGUUGGUUUAAUGUAUUAAACCAUUGAUCAUUUACACUGUUUUCUUUCUUCAUUGACUAACGAGAGAGCAUCAGUGAACACAGUAGCCUCAUGUCUGGAUGUCAUUUUUUUUAAUGAAGUGGCUAGAAGAAUGAACUAUUGAUAUAGAUAUAUAGAUUAUAUAGUAUUUUUUAUCUUGUGUGAAUAGAUAGGUUACCAUCUAAAAUAUUCAAGUGACCCAGGAGCCACUCCCAAGUAACUAUGUUUUAAGGAAAGCAAACAUUUGAGGCAGUCGGCUCACAUUCAUUUGGUCCUAGGAAAAAGAGCAUAUUCCAAAAGAGAUGUUUUGAAAUCUUAUCCAGCAGAGCUGGGUACACUUGAUGCAGCAUGAGCACAAACAUUUCUUUAUUGUUCCCUGUCCUCUUACCACCCCUUCCCUUAGUUUGUAGCAUGUUGUUUUGAUUGCAAUUGUUGUACAUGAAGAAAUUCAGCGUUAAAGAACAUUUUCACAGUGAUGUCCACUGUGGAAGAGAAAAAAAAUUUAUACUGUAAAAGGGGAAGGGGGGGUUUGCACAGUCUGAUGGGGGAGGGUAUAUUGUAAAUUUACAAAAAAGCCUUGCACAAAUGAAAGCAAACAAACAGAAGCAACAACAAAUAAAUUGUAUUUUAUCCAAUUGGUGUUAUGAGAUGUUUCAUUUACUGAGAUAGCCUAUAUGUUGCAUACAAUCCAAAACACAAAGUGUACAGUCUGUUUUCUUUUUUAAAAAAACUGGGUGUGUUUGUCUUGUAGUUAGAAGUAUUAUGACUAUGCAGGAGUUAUCCAUGCUAGAGUCAGCAUGUUUCAGUUUACAUUAUGAAGCCAAUAUAUCUUAGAAAACAAUGAACAACUGAACUGCAUCUGUCCUGGCAGGCUGCUUUAGAGUGAAUGAAAACUGAUCAGAGUAAUUAGAAUUGUCAGUUCAAAAAUAAUCCAAGGGCUGUGGCAUUGUGUAGACAUGGAGUAUACACCUAGGGCCAUGGUCCUAAGACCAUUUCUUGGAUCAUGCCCAGUUCAUUACAAUGGGGUGUGCUUGGAGGAUCAAGUUAUACAACAAAUAUCUUCAGGACAUAUAAUUGGUGCUACUAAUUCCUGUGACCAUCUUGAAGCUAACUGCUUUAUAAAAUAAAGAAACAAAUGCAGUUUUCUUUGCUUCAUCACCAAAUCUACUGGUCCCCUGCAUGGUGCUAUUGCCCUACUUUAAAAAAUAAACCAACUCUGAUUUUAUGCACAUAGUUGGACAGAUGUCAGGAACCAAAACUGUUACUGCUGAACGUGCCACUCUGUCAAAUUACUAACAGAACAGCUGCUCUUGAGUAUAUAUGUGGUCUAAAAUGAAAUAUAAAUCCAUUAAUUCCUGCCAUUUUUGAAACACGUACACAUGCAUACAAAACUUUUAUGUAUGUACUACAGAAUACAAUUUUCCUGCAAUACAUCUCAGUAAGUCCACCUAGUUUACAACUUUAAAAUUUGUUUGUGAAACAUUUGUCUGUAUACAUUUUAUAUUUUGUACAUUUUUGAUGUAACAUAUCAUGUAAAUAGACAGACACAGUGAGAUAAAUCAUCUGAAAAGUUUUGUAGUCUUUGUAAAGCCCUAAUAAUAAUAAAAAUAAUAAGUAUUUGGUGUCAUCAGACUUAACUGGAUGAUGUAUUUUCUAUUGAUUUAUUGUUCUUCUAGCUUGUAAACCAGCUUGCAUAUAUUUUUUGCAGGUGUGCACACUGUAUCUGUCUAAAUUAUUACUUUGCCAUUAAAGUGGAAUUAUUUAUUGA